AUGCAAUGCCUAAUGGCGGAUGGAGCUUUAAUCACUCUAGAUUCCGACGACAUUCUGGUAGCGGAACACACUCUAGCAGUCGGCAGAGAGUUUCCCGAUGUGGAAACUUGCAGAAGAACUCUGAAAGAUCUCGCUAUAGCUCUGCAUUUCGAUCUCCGCAUAGUGAAAUCAGACCGUAGCCGAUUCAUAGCCAAAUGCUCAAAAGAAGGCUGUCCAUGGCGUAUCCACGCAGCCAAAUGCCCCGGCGUCUCGACAUUCUCCGUCAGGACGCUUAACGGCGAGCACACGUGCGAAGGCGUCCGUGACCUCCAUCAUCAGCAAGCGUCCGUUGGUUGGGUUGCUAGAUCGGUAGAGGCGCGGAUCAGAGACAAUCCUCAGUAUAAACCGAAGGAGAUCUUGCAGGAUAUACGCGACGAGCACGGCGUUGCGGUUUCGUACAUGCAAGCUUGGCGAGGGAAAGAGCGGAGUAUGGCUGCGCUUCACGGGACGUACGAGGAAGGGUAUAGGUUUCUUCCUCUGUAUUGUGAGCAGGUGAAGCUAGUCAAUCCGGGAAGCUUCGCGUCUGUUUCAGUUUCCGGACCUGAGAAUUGUUUCCAGAGGUUGUUUAUUGCGUACAGAGCUUGUAUCUCAGGGUUCUUCAGUGCUCGUAGGCCGCUUCUUGAGCUGGACAGAGCUCAUCUUAAAGGGAAGUACCUUGGUGCGAUCCUCUGUGCAGCUGCUGUUGAUGCAGACGAAGGUUUGUUUCCCUUGGCGAUUGCUGUUGUGGAUAACGAGAGCGAUGAGAACUGGUCUUGGUUCCUCUCGGAGCUGAGGAAGCUUCUUGGGAUGAACACUGAGAUCUUGCCGAGGCUGACGAUACUCUCGGAGAGACAGAGCGGAGUCGUGGAGGCCGUGGAGACGCAUUUCCCGAACGCCUUCCAUGGGUUUUGCCUUCGUUACGUGAGUGAUAACUUUCGAGAUACGUUCAAGAACACGAAGCUGGUUAACAUCUUCUGGAACGCUGUCUACGCGCUCACGGCGGCGGAGUUUGAAGCUAAGAUUAACGAGAUGGCUGAGAUCUCGCAGGAUGUGUUGCAGUGGUUUGAGCUCUUCCCUCCUCAUCUAUGGGCCGUUGCGUACUUCCAAGGAGUCCGGUACGGUCAUUUCGGGUUAGGGAUCACGGAGGUUUUAUACAACUGGGCGUUAGAGUGUCAUGAGCUUCCGAUUAUACAGAUGAUGGAGCACAUUCGUCUUCAGAUAUCUUCUUGGUUCGAUGCGAGACGUGACAUGAGCAUGAGGUGGAACUCGAUACUUGUGCCUUCCGCGGAGAGGAGGAUCACUGAGGCUGUUUCGGACGCGAGGUGUUACCAGGUGUUGCGUGCGAAUGAGGUCGAGUUUGAGAUUGUUUCGACGGAGAGGACGAAUAUUGUUGAUAUAAGGACGAGGGUUUGCUCGUGCCGGCGGUGGCAGAUUUACGGUUUGCCGUGUGCUCAUGCGGCUGCGGCGCUGAUCUCGUGUGGGCAGAAUGUGCAUAUGUUUGCGGAGGCGUGUUUCACUGUGGUGAGUUAUCAGCAGACGUAUUCGCAGAUGAUUGGGGAGGUUCCGGAUAGGAGCUUGUGGAAGGAGGAAGGGGAAGAGGUGGUUGGAGGAGGAGGGAGCUUGAGGAUACGGCCGCCGAAGACGAGGAGGCCGCCGGGGAGACCGAAGAAGAAAGUGGUUCGAGUUGAGAAUUUGAAGAGACCGAAGAGGAUUGUGCAGUGUGGGAGGUGUCAUUUGCUUGGUCAUUCUCAGAAAAAAUGCACACAGCCUAUUUGA